GACCACAGCAUGAAGGGUCAGCGCGGAGCCGGCGAAGCCAGCCGGCCCAAUGGCAGCGUCCUAGCGUGUAGGCUCCGCCUCUCGGCGGACAGGCCGCUCGGUACCGGGAAGGUAGUGGCAACGCUUCAAGAUGCGCUGCCUGACUAUACCCAGGCUGCUUCGGGCCCUGGCACAGGUUGCACACACAGGGCAUCCCAGCGGCCGGAGCCUGCACAGCAGCGCAGUGGCAGCCACCUACAAGUACGUGAACAUGCGAGAGCCCUCGAUGGACAUGAAGUCAGUGACCGACCGGGCAGCUCAGACCCUGCUGUGGACCGAGCUCGCCCGAGGGCUGGGUAUGACUCUGAGCUACCUGUUCCGGGAGCCAGCCACCAUCAACUACCCGUUUGAGAAGGGCCCGCUGAGCCCACGCUUCCGCGGAGAGCAUGCACUGCGCCGGUACCCGUCUGGGGAGGAGCGCUGCAUCGCCUGCAAGCUUUGCGAGGCCGUCUGCCCCGCCCAGGCCAUCACCAUCGAGGCUGAGCCUCGGGCUGACGGCAGCCGCCGGACCACCCGCUAUGACAUUGACAUGACCAAGUGCAUUUACUGCGGCUUCUGCCAGGAGGCCUGCCCCGUGGACGCCAUCGUUGAGGGCCCCAACUUUGAGUUCUCCACGGAGACGCACGAGGAGCUACUGUACAACAAGGAGAAGCUGCUGAACAAUGGAGACAAGUGGGAGGCCGAGAUCGCCGCCAAUAUCCAGGCUGACUAUCUCUAUCGGUGACGCCCCUGCCUGCUUGGGCCGUAGCCCCUGGUGCCCAAUAAAGAAGCUCUGACCCCUCCCA